CCUGGUUCGCUGUCGGUCAAGCGUCGAGGUACGUUUCUCUGGUUCGCCGCACGCGUCUAGCCAACAUGCGAGGGUUUUUGGUGUUGCUGGUGAGCGCCGUCAUCACAGGAAGUGUCUCUCUGUCCCGGUUGACUUUAAACGUCUCCAAGGAGGUGAAAGUUCUCAGAGGACAAGACGCUCUUCUGGGCUGCAACUUCACUCAUCCCAUGCAGGGUAACGUCAUUGGAAACAUUCAAGUGAGCUGGUCCAGAGACCCCAAAGCUGGACCUUUUUUGGUGUGUGAAGUAAACUCGACAGCCCCGGAACCAUACUGCUUGAACGUGGAGGGCUACUCGUUGGUCGGCGACCUCCGGCAGGGGGUGUCGUGGCUGCUUAUUAAAAAGGCCUUGCUUCAGGAGGGUGUGUACUUUUGUAAAGUGAACAUGGAAAAUGACCAAGCGCAGGAGCAGUUGACUCUGAGAGUACAAGUGAUGCCUUCAAUCCUGAGCCUAUCAUUGGUCAACGUCGGCCCCGGCAACCAAACGAGGUUGCAGUGCGUGGCCGAGGGCGACCCGCUACCCGACAUCACCUGGCUGUCGGAAUCCGGGCGUCCGUUAGCGUCGGCGCUAGCCGCGAAUGUGCGGACCUCUCUGGCGGGGCCCAACCGACUAAGCAGCUCGGUCCCGUACGAGCAGCAGGGGGAGCUCACGUGCAGGGCGAAGAGUGAUUUAGGGCAGGUUGAGCUGAAGCACCGCCCCCCAAUUUCGUUGAGAGAAAGCAGGAACCAGACGGCCGUGGUGUGCGCCGGGGUCGCUGCGGCGUUGCUGAUGUUGGUCGCGGUUGUUGUCCUGGUGCAUCGUUUGAUGGUCAAAGGUCGGAAUCAAAAUGCGCAGAUUCAACAAAACGUAGCUGAGCGCUCGCUGCAGUCCUCCCAUAGGCCACCUGGCGGCGCCACUGAGCUUCAGACUGUUUAUAGCACUGUUACAGUUUCUCAAGCCUGUGGAGGUGUGUCCAUCACAAGACAGCAGCAAGGUGUUUUAUACUCGACGGUGAAGCUACAAUAGUCAUCUUCUGAAAUGUUGUCAAUCAUCGACAAGCUUCUGCUGGUGAAGUCCAAGUAUAAAUGUUGUUUAGUUCGUUAGUUAUUGCUGUUAUAUCUUAACGAGGCGAAACAAAGAACCAUUGGAGCGCUCACAUGUCUGGUUCUUCUCAUUUUCAACCACAACUCGUACACAAAGCCACAAAACGGAAGGUGAAAAAGUCAGUUCUGUAAUUCACUUUUUACUGUCCUUGUAGUCAUUUCUUGUUUUUUUCAAGGGUUUUGUAGUCUUUUAGGAACUCUUGAUUACAGGGCCGGCCCAGCCUAUACGCAGACUAUGCAGCUGCUUAGGGCCCCUGACCACUAGGGGGCCCCCAAUCUGGCAAUAUAAAAGUUCUUCCUUUCUUUCCUGUUUUAGAAAAAGGUUUGGCGCUAUCUACUGUAAGUACUGACAAUUGUUUGGGGUGAGAAGUUUGAAGUAUGCAGUUCAACAAAACCUGAUUAAUAUACAAAAUAUGGACGUAUGGGUUGGCUUGCAUGUAUGGGUUUCACAGUAUACUGUGACGAAAUGGCGGGCCAAAAUUAUGGGCCCCUUUGCAUUAUUUUGCUUAGGGCCCCAAAAUGGCCUGGGCCGGCCCUACUUGAUUAUGAUUUUUAGCCUUUGAAUAAUGUGUUUUUUGUAUUUUUCUUGGAGAAUUUUGUUAGGAUUAUUUUUUUUUAGCUUUUGACCCUUGUGGUUUUUGCAGUCCUGGUAGUGUUUUUGGAGUAUUUUUGUAGUCUUAAUGGAGCAUUUUGGCAUGACUUGUAGUCUGAUUGUUGUCUUUUUGUUUUUUUUUGUUUUUUUUUUUUGAGUAUUUUUGUAGUCUUUUGGAACAUUUUGUCAUGAUUAGUUGAAUUUUUCUUUUAUCCCAGACAAUAGUUAUAGGUUGUUUUAAUUACCUGACAUGUUUCAGUGAACGCUUCCGCCUUCAUCAGAUGAAGAUUUGUAGUCCUUUUGUAGCAUUUUGUCCUGAUUUAUUGACUUUGAAUGUUGUCUUUUUGGAGUUCUAGUAGUCUUUUUGGUGUGUUUUUGUAGUUAUAUGGAACAUUUCAUGAUUUCUAGCCUUAUAAUGUGUUUUUUUGGUAGUGUGUUUUUUUUUUGAGCAUUUUUGUAGUCUUCUUGGAGCAUUUUGUCUUUUUUAUGCCUUGGACUGUUAUGUUUUUUUGUAGUACUGAUAGGUUUUCGGGAGUAUUUUUGUUGUGUUCUUGGAGCAUUUUGCCAUAAUUUUUAGUCUUCGAAUUUUUGUCUUAUGGUGGUGUUUGUAGUCUUCUCGGAUUAUUUUGUCAUGACUUUUAGCCUGUGGCCUUUGUGUUUUUUUUUGUAGUACUUGUAGUCUUUUUGGAGUAUUUUUGUAGUCUUCUUGGAAAUUUUCUGUCAUGGUUUGUAGUCUUUGAAUGCUUGUCUUCUUGUUGCAUUUCUAGUCUUUUGGAAAUAUUUUUGUAGUCUUUUUUGCAGCAUUUUGUCAUCAUUUUUUUAAGCCUUGGACUGUUGUGUUUUUUUUUAGUUCUGAUAUUUUUUGGGAGUCUUUUUGUUGUGUUCUUGGAGCAUUUUGCCAUAAUUUUUAGUCUUCGAAUUUUUGUCUUAUGGUGGUGUUUGUAGUCUUCUCGGAGCAUUUUUUCAUGACUUUUAAUAAUAAAUAAUAAUAAUAAUAAUAAUACAUUUUAUUUCUAGAGCGCUUUUCAGAUACACAAAGACGCUUCACAAGAGGCAUGGAAUUACAGUACGAUAAAAAGGUAUUAAAAGGAUUAAAAACUUAAGAGCACAAUAAAAGAGGUAAAAAAUAUGACAGCUAGGGGUUAUGGUUGGUAAGAUAGAGUGAACAGGUGUGUUUUCAGUCGAGAUUUGAAAAGUGAUAGAGUAGAUAUG